CGCCGUCUUAAGUAAAACCUAUCCUUGAAAUGUAUUCACUGAUUAUAAUUAGUUUCACGCUCUAUUUCGUUCCCAGCCAUCAACAGUUCCCGCGUCUGUGCGUCACGCAGGAGGCCCUGCGCACCAAGGAGUGCUGCCCGGCUUGGGAAGGGGACGACUCGCCCUGUGGAGUCAACUCAGGCCGAGGCCAGUGUGAGGAUGUGGAGGUGCCGGAGCAGCCCGACGGGCCGCAGUACCCUUUCUCCGGGCUGGACGACAGAGAGAAAUGGCCUCUGGUUUUCUACAACCGCACGUGCCAGUGCGCAGGGAACUUCAUGGGUUUCAACUGCGCGGACUGUAAGUUUGGCUACUUUGGCGCAGACUGCAGUGAGAGGAGAGAGUCUCUUAGGAGGAACAUCUUCCACCUGUCCAGGUCAGAGAGGAUCAGACUGGUUUCUUACCUGAACUUGGCCAAACAGACAGUCAGCCAGGACUAUGUUGUGGCCACGGCCACGUACACACAGAUGGAAAACGGCUCCAACCCGAUAUUCGCUGAUGUGUCCGUGUAUGAUGUUUUUGUGUGGAUGCAUUACUACGUGUCCCGCAGCGCGCUCCUGGGGCCGCCGGGAAACGUGUGGACCGACGUGGAUUUUGCGCACUGGGCGCCUGCGUUUCUGCCCUGGCACCGCGUCUACCUGCUGCACUGGGAGCAUGAGAUCAGGAAGCUGACCGGAGACACGAGCUUCACAAUACCAUACUGGGACUGGAGGGACGCGCAGGACUGCGACGUGUGCACAGACGAGCUGAUGGGGGCCCGGAGCCCGCAGGACCCCAAUCUACUCAGUCCUGGAUCAGUCUUCUCGUCCUGGAAGGUCUUGUGUUCCCGAGCAGAGGAGUACAACGAGAGAGGCGUGCUGUGUGAUACUACACAAGAAGGACCAGUGCGUCGUAACCCUGGAAACCACAACCGCAAUUUGGCGGAACGAUUACCGACUUCGGACGACGUGGAGUUCACGCUCAGUCUGACCGACUAUGACACUGGAGCCAUGGACCGCAGCGCUAACAUGAGCUUCAGGAACACUAUGGAAGGAUUCGGGGAUCCUCAGACCGGCUUUGGGAGCAGUUCUCGUCUGGGCAUGCACGCUGCUGUGCACGUAUUCAUGAAUGGCUCGAUGUCGUCAGUGCAGGGCUCGGCAAAUGACCCCAUAUUCAUCCUCCACCAUGCUUAUGUCGACAGCAUUUAUGAGCAGUGGCUCAGGAGGCACAGGCCGUCUCCAUCCCAGUAUCCGGACUCUGACGCUCCUAUCGGGCACAACAGUGAAUAUCACAUGGUGCCCUUCCUGCCCCUGCACAGAAAUCGAGAAUACUUUGUUUCCAGCAAGGACCUUGGAUACGAAUACUCCUCCCUGCUGAAUGCCAACCAGAGACUGGCAGAGUCCAUGCGUCCGUACCUGGAGGAGCUGCAGGACGUGUGGCCCUGGAUGCUGCUCGCAGCGCUUGUAGGCGGGAUUGUGGCAGUGGGAGUCGCCGCUGCCACUCUAGCCACCAAACGCAGACUCCGAGGUUCGCUGUGGCCUAAAAAGAAGACUCGGAAGGACCUUUUUUCAGAAAGACAGCCACUUAUCUUGACCAAAGACAAUGUGGGAGACGACUACCGAAACUACCAAACAUCUAUGUGAUAUCAGGAAUGCAUGUUCAAGCCAAAACUCUUUAAUACAUUAAAUUAACGAAAUCACCCUAAAUAGACAUUUAAAAGUGCUUAUUAGGGAUAUUUAGGUAAAUGUCUCCCUUGUUUGUUAUAGCGCCACCUACUGUUUCAUACGUUGACUAGGCCUACGUAGAACAAGCGGUGUCGCUGUCCACUGUCUCUCUCCGCCGUUGACAUGAGGUUCCACGGCGAACAACGUGCGAGUAACGCUCAGCAAGAGAGAGCAAAUGACGCGAUGCCUGGAAAAUGCAAAUUCCAAGAUUUCUGGCUCACUUAAGAAAAUUACAAAGACUGGCUUACCCAAGAUACCAAGGACAAUCACUUGUCCCGAUGCAGAGCGUGCUGCAAUAAAAUCAAUAAAAGUGGACGCCAUAGACAAAGCCGCUCGUACAAGUUGUCCUCCCAUCUUUAAACCAUGUCAGCAUAUUCGGUCCUUGAAUCUGAGGGAAUUAGUCCUGGAAAGCCCUUGAAACGUCCUUGUAGGCGAUGUCAACCAAGGUGUGGGAACCCUGCAAAAUAGAUGCCAAGUAUUCUGUAACACACGUGUUAGGAGUCAAUGAAUCAAUCAUUUAGAAGUGCUGUGCAAAGUCUUAAAAAGUAUGAAUCUCUACAAACAUCACUGCAAACAUAUCCCUGUGUAGAGCAGAAGAAGAAAUUGACUCAAUUUAAAUUUAAAGUUGUUUUUUUUACUGUAUUAAAAUGUUGCCAAUAAACCCUUCUGAAUGUUAAA